CAUUGCUGGAGUCUGUUCUCCCAGAACCCAGAACGCGGGCGGACGGUGGGCACAGUUCCGAACAGCUGGAGCAGCAGCGAAGCGCGGAUGGAAGCGCGCACAGCCGCCGUACCGAAGCGCCCAACCCCUCGCGCGCUCCCGGCCGGCGCUCACACCUCCUCUCCCGGGGGCGGCGCGCGCUCGGGUGCGCGGGGGCAGGGCGGGGCGGAGCGCAUGCUGGAGGCCCGCCCCUGCGUCCCUCCCCCUCCAGCGGAGAUUGACAAGGCCUGGGCACCCGCCCCAACCAAUCAGCGCGUCCUAGGGCGGGCCCUGGAAGUCGCUGCUCAGGCUACUUAGAGUCGUCCGCUGGGCUGAAGGAAAGCAGAACGGAGUCGGGACUGCUCAGGUGGAGCCGGUUCCCCUGCUAGCGCGGACGGGCAGGCUCACGGGCACCGCGCCGAGGACCGCACCGCACCGAUCCGCGCGGGGCAGAGCUGAGACGCAGCCCCACUCGCCGCCCAGGACCCGCUCGCCACCACCACCUCCACAGCACCCAUGGGGACCAGGAGACUUUAAAGGAGUUUGGGGUUUCGGGAGCAGGGAAAUCACGGAUCCCGGCUCCUGGCCCUCGCCUCGCCGCGUCAUUGAUGGGCAACCAACUGGACCGCAUCACCCACCUCAACUACAGCGAGUUGCCCACAGGGGACCCAUCCGGGAUCGAGAAGGACGAGCUGCGGGUCGGGGUCGCCUACUUCUUCUCAGAUGAGGAGGAGGACCUGGACGAACGCGGCCAGCCCGACAAGUUUGGCGUGAAGGCCCCCCCGGGCUGCACUCCCUGCCCAGAGAGCCCCAGCCGCCACCACCACCACCUGCUGCACCAGCUGGUCCUCAACGAAACUCAGUUCUCCGCCUUUCGGGGCCAGGAAUGCAUCUUUUCCAAAGUGAGCGGCGGCCCGCAGGGCGCCGACCUGAGUGUCUACGCGGUCACCGCACUGCCCGCGCUCUGCGAGCCCGGCGACCUGCUGGAGCUGCUGUGGCUGCAGCCCGCGCCGGAGCCGCCCGCGCCCGCCCCGCACUGGGCCGUCUACGUGGGCGGCGGGCAGAUCAUCCACCUACACCAAGGCGAGAUCCGCCAGGACAGCCUGUACGAGGCGGGCGCGGCCAACGUGGGCCGAGUGGUGAAUAGCUGGUACCGCUACCGCCCGCUGGUGGCCGAGCUGGUGGUGCAGAACGCCUGCGGCCACCUGGGCCUCAAGAGCGAGGAGAUCUGCUGGACGAACUCGGAGAGCUUCGCCGCCUGGUGCCGCUUCGGCAAGCGGGAGUUUAAGGCGGGAGGGGAGGUGCCGGCCGGCACGCAGCCCCCGCAGCAGCAGUACUAUCUCAAGGUGCACCUGGGUGAGAACAAGGUGCACACGGCCAGGUUUCACAGCCUGGAAGACCUCAUCCGCGAGAAGCGCCGCAUCGACGCCAGCGGCCGCCUGCGUGUGCUCCAGGAGCUCGCCGACCUCGUGGACGACAAGGAGUAGCCUGCUGGGGGGUGCGCCUGCCCCUCCAGUCUCCCGGCGCCCCGCUCCCUCCCCCGCACCCGGGCUUCUAGGCCGGAGAUUCACGCCCCCCCCCCCCGCCCCUCCUCGAGUGCCCAGUGGCCAGGCUGCAGCCUCGCACCCCUCCAUCAAGUGGCAGGAAGUCUCAGGACCUGGCCCCGGGACUGAAAGGGCUGUACGCGCCGGGCUGAGGCCCCCAGUGGUGGUGACGGUGUCGGGCGAGCCAGCGUGCGCUCUCCCCUUGAGUUUUAAGUGGGGAGAGAAGAAUGAGAUGAGGGGAGCAGGGACCAGGCCUCCCCCACGAGUCACUAAUCAGUGACUCUCACCCGACCUACUAGAAAGGGACCAUCGCCGCUCUAAACGCGCACGCACAGACCGGUGGGAGGUGAGAAUUGAUCUUUUCGGGGCACAGUUCAGCUCCUGUAUGGAUGUGUCCCCAGAUUGCAGGAUUUCCAAGAAAUCAAGCCUGUCCCUUAUGCACUUGGGAAUAAUUCCACAAGAGAGCACUUCGGGACUCCGGGUCCUCCCGAGGCUGCCCGGGACUUUUCCAGCUCUCCAGCCCCUGGUCUCGUGACACUGUAUUCCAGCCUCCGGGCUAAGCUACACAGUGUUUGCUUCCUAUUCUUUCCACUGAGGGAAGCGAACGCCAUCCCCCACCCGCCUUUGCCUGUGAGUCUCCCUCGCUGGUAGAAGGGAAGCCUCCCCGGGCCCCGGAGGAAAAUGGCGCAGCUAAUUUGAUGAUCAGAGUCGGCCCCGCCCCCCGGCAAGGAGAAGGUUCACCUGGUGUCCAAGAACUUGAAUUUGUGCCGAGGGCGCUUGUUUUUAACCUUAGGUUGCUCCCUCCUGGGGCCGCGUUUCAAAAAUAACCAAAUUUUUAAAGGAGUUGGAGGAGAGGGAGGGGGAAGGCAUGGCAACAUUCCAGAAACCAGCAUCAUUACAACACCAUAGCCAGUAUAUUUAGUUUGGCUUUUCCUAACAUAGAAAUCUUAGAAGGCGGAAAGUGGAAAUAAAGUUUUAAAAGCUAGAGAGCAGUUUUCCAACUAUGUCAACAAAGCUUAUCGUGUUGAUGUUUUUAUUGACCAUUUUAGCAACAUGCUAAUAAAAUUUCAAAUUGAAAUUUUUAUUUUCAUGGCUUUAAUCCAUGAUAGUUUAAAUACUGGGGGCCAUUAAGAGCGGAUUUAGCUAAGAGCUUAGCUAACAUUGCCUUUUCACUCUAUUUUUCUCGAAUCUUAUGAGAAUUCUGUUUUCAAAUACUGUACUUGAUUUUUUUGUGGGGGCGGGGGGCUUAAAUAGCCCUAGUAAUGGUGGAGUUGUUAAUCAGUGUGUAUUUUGUGCUGAAUUUCUGUCAGUUGAGGGGUUUACUGCUUUGGUGGAAGUUUGCUAGCAGGUUCCAUGAUGCUGCCUUUUCCAUGUUGUAUAGCAUCACCAUUCCACAUUUGCGUUUUUAAUUUUCUUCCUUUCCCCCAUCUUAAAAAAAAAAAAAAAAGAAUGUGGCGUUGGUGGCUUUUCCCCCUCCUCUUUAGCCAGUUCCACAGUUUAUUCCUGAAAACCGGAAAGAACUUCUAGAAUCAGGAUGAAUGUGUUUUUUGUUUUUUUGUUUUUUUUCAAAAAAUUAAGGCUGACUGACACCCUUUCCUUGGGCAAGGACUUACCAACUUCUCCCCCUGUGCUGCAGCCUCAGCCUGACUAACAACUGUUACCUGAUUCGGUGUGUGUUAGACACCCACAGCAUCUAUGUCCCUUUCAAGGGGUCUUGUCAAAUAAUGGUGUUUAGCUAAUUGUUGCGAGCAAUUGCGUAUUGACAGCUGUGAUUUAGUUGGAUCGAAAAUAUUAUGGCCAAAGCCAGUUUCCUGGCAUUUCAAAAAUAAUGCAAUAAAAACUAGUUGAGGUUAGCUGAGACUGGAAAUGCCUUUUUCAUGGUAAAAUGAUUCAUUUCUGUUUUUUUUUUUUUUUUUUUUUGGUUUUCCUCCUGGAUUCAUCCCCUGAUCUUGAAUUUAAAAGGUCAGAUCAAUGAAAGAUGAACUAGAGUAUUUUUCUUAAGCCUGUUGAGUGAUUUAUUUUUUAAAAAUGUUUAAAUGCAUAUGCUUUCCUUUCAGCACAUACAACAGGAAAACUUUUGUAAUAUGGAACUUAACUUUGCAUGUAGGGUGAACUGAAAAUCAUUUAUUUCCCUUACUUAUUCCUCUUUCAAGUUAACAGAUGGCAGAUCGUCAACCGAAAUUCUUUAUUGUAUCUACACACUCCACAUUCUUUACUGUGUCCUCCUACUGUAUCUUGGCUCUCUGCUGUAUUAAAUACCAUCGUAAGCAUUUGUUCCAA